AUGAUUCGAUUAUUUUCGAGAAGUUUCUCAUAUCUCAAUGUAACUAGCCAAUGCGCAGCAAGAAUAAAGAAGAUUUGUAAGGCUAAUGAGUUCAUGAGGAUUUUAGUUGAUGGUGGAGAAGGAUGCGGAGGAUUUGUGUAUAAGUUCAAUAUUGAGUCAGAAAUGAAGGAUAAUGAUUAUGUGAUAGAGAGUGAAGGAGCUAAAAUAGUUGUUGAUCAGGAUUCUAUCGCUCUGAUUAAAGGAUCUACUGUUGAUUUCACAGAUGAGAUGAUCAAAAAAGUAUUUACCGUCAAAGAAAAUCCUCAAGCUGAUAUGACCUGUGGGUGUGGAAGCUCUUUUUCCCCAAAGUUUAAAUAG